UAAAGACUAUGGAGUGAGCCCGGCAAGAUGACCCUCGUCCAAAAGAUUACCUCUGUGUUUGCCUUCCGCUCCCUUCCGACAACCGUGCUCACGUCUCUCAUCUAUCUCGCCAUCCUUAUUUCAGUGCUCGUUACGGAUGACCUGCCAGCAGUCCCAAAAAAUAGGAAGGGACUAGAUUUAGAUCAGGCGUACUCAGACCUUCACAAGAUUGCAGAACGACCACAUCCGUACAAUUCUCAUGCAAACGACGCGGUCAGGUCUUUUAUUUUAGGACGUGUUCACGACAUAGCUGCUGGACACAAGCAUGUCCACAUCGCCGAUGAUAUGGUAUCGAAUGGUUCCUGGGCUUCCGGAGCACACGGAGUGUACUUUGAAGGCACGAACAUCUUGGUCAAAAUUGACGGCACAGAGAAGGAGUAUACUGAACGCGGUGGAGUCUUGUUCUCGGCACACUACGACUCGGUUUCCACUGCACCUGGUGCUACAGAUGACGGAAUGGGUGUAGCGACACUGCUUCAGCUUGUAGAAUUCUUUGCCAAGAAUAGGCCAAAGCGGACUGCUGUCUUUAACAUCAAUAAUGGGGAGGAGGACUGGUUGAACGGUGCCCAUGCUUUUCUGGUUCAUCCAUGGUCUAACAUCACAGAUACCUUUCUGAACUUGGAAGGUGCGGCAUCUGGAGGGCGUCCGACCCUCUUUCGUGCGACCUCAAGCGCACCACUGCUUUCAUUCCUCAACACGCAUGUACCCCACCCUCAUGCCAACGUCCUAUCACAAGAUGCUUUUGCACGAGGCGUCAUUCGAUCCGCCACCGAUUACGAAGUAUAUUCCGCCGGUGCAGACAUCGACGGACUGGAUCUAGCAUUCUACAAAGGACGAAGUAAAUAUCACACGAAAUUCGACGCCAUUCCUUAUACUGUAGGGCAGACGCGGGCACUCUGGGCAAUGAUGGAAGCUGCGAGGGGAUCCGGUGUCGCUCUGGUUAACGACGAUGGAUCAAUGCAUCGUAAAGAUUCAAGUCCAGCUGUGUAUUUUGAUCUGUUUGGAGCCGCUCUCAUCCUCUUUCCCUUGAGUUCUCUGUUCACUUUCAAUGUCGUAUUGUUGGCUGUCGGUCCUGUGGUUCUAAUCCUACUCUUGGCUUGCGAAGCCGCUAUUCGACACAACAGACGAAAUGACGAGAACGGCAGUGUCCCUGGCAGCCACGACAACUUCUGGGGUCACUUGUGGAACUCAACAAUAUCAUUACGAUGGUUGAGUGGAUUUUGGAGAUGGUCUAAAUUUUGGUUCGCCAUACUGGUGACUGUGGGGCUACAAGUGUUAUUGGUCUUCUCUUUCGUAAAAAUCAAUACUUUCACCGUGCACUCAUCGCCAUACCUGGUGUUCUUGUCCUCCUUCACGUUGGCCUACCUGUCCAUUGUUCCCAUUCUACAGCUUCCCAUUCCUUUCCAGAAAGCAUCGGCACCGGAACAGCAGAAGCAAACUGUACUCUUGCAAAUGUAUUUUUUGACAUGGGUCUUUUUGCUUCUUGCUACCAUCGCGAUAAGUAAAGCUAGCAUCGGAGGCGUCUACUUUGUCACUGGAUGGAACGCACUAGUAUUCUUAGCAUGCUGCGUCGGAUGCGUUGAGGGUAUGCUUGGUGCCGAGGGUACCACGCCUUUCCUCGUCUUUGUUACGCAGCCCACUCCUUUGGCUGAGGAGGAGCAAGGUGUAAUGGAAGCCCCUACGGAGACUACUCCGUUGAUACCCAGGACUAGGCAUGAUGUCCAUGUCGUAGGUCAAGAAGAAACUGGGGCCAUCGGAUGGUGGAUAUUGCAGAUGCUCAUCGUUGUGCCCGUGCCAGUGAUUUCAGUUGCUCACAUUGCUGUAAUUAUGUUGUCGGCUAUGCCACAGACAUUAUCGGAUGGAAGCAGCGCUGUGACAGUCUAUGCAGCCGUGGCUUCCCUCGCAUGUUUGAUGGUUCUCCCAAUAGCCCCGUUCAGCUUCAAAUUGCACCGCUUUCUGGCCUACAUUUUCGGCGUCAUCUUCGUCCUUGUAACGCUCUAUUCCUGGUUCGCAUUCCCCUUCUCGCAGGAAGAGCCACUGAAGGUCUAUUUCCUCCAAAACUUGACCCUUUCCCCUACGCUUGAAACUCAAGCUGUCACGACGCUCGCCGGGGCAUCUGAGUACAUCAUGGAACUGAUAUCGCACUUGCCUUCGGCGUCGAGUCGGGACAUCUCGUGUAAUUACUCACAGGCAAGGUUGUCUUUGCAAUCGUGCAGCUGGACGACCGAUCUCAUACCUUCGCCCGGUGGAAACCAUACGUCGGAUACUUGGCUUCAGACAAACGUUACCCGUCUUGGGACCACAUCGGCGCGCAUAUCUGUACAAGGCCGAAACACACGUUCAUGCCGGAUAUAUUUCGAGACCAACCCUAUUAUUCGAUAUGAUGUACAUGGAGGAAGUGUGGGGAUGCAACCUCGGUACGAAGUACCGGAGGGUGGAAUCAAGGAACUGCGGAUAUGGAGUCGUACUUGGGACAGAAACUUUACUGUUGAUGUGGAAUGGGGAAGAGUGGCUUGUGAGUGGAACGAGUACGAGAGCGGCAGCGUUGGCGUUGGUACAGGUGGUCGAAUUCCAGCACUGGAGGAAGUGUUGACGUUUUUACCAAAUUGGGCGGUGGUGACAAAAAUGACUGACGGAUUGGUGGAAGUUUCUUCUGAAUUUCGGUUAUAGGCGUGCCGGGGACUCGUAGUGUAGGUAGUGAUUGUCGAGUAAGAUAUAUAUGUACACAAAACGGUAUGGGAAUGCAUUUUUGUAAUUGCUGUAAAC